CGGCCUACCCGACCUCGACCCCCGACCCCGGCGGCGGCUAACCCUAGAAGCGGCUGCAGCGGCUCGUCUCGCGGCGAAGCAACGGCGGCGCGGCGGCAGGGGCUUAGCCAUGGGAGAAGUAGGCGGCUCCAGUGGGGCUCUGCAGGCGGAGGCCGAGGGAGCGGCGGAUGGAGAGCCGGGCAUGGCGGCCGAAGCGUAUGAUGGCCGAAGGUCCUCCCCCUCCUCUGGCGGAGCUGGCCGAGUGCUGCCGGGAGCUGGACGAGGGGCACCACGCGUGGGCGGCGCACCGGAAGGAGGCGGCGUGGAGGCUCAAGCGCGUGGAGCUCCAGCUGGAGUCGGAGCGCGCGUGCCGGCGGCGCGAGGCCGCGGAGGAGUUCGAGGCCAAGAUGCGCGCGCUGUGGAAGGGAUGGAUCCCAAUUCUACUUUUUGUUUGAUAAUAAGAUUGCUUGGCAACCCCAAAAUAGCUAGAAAAGAUAUCAGUUGUUUCUGUUUUCAGAAGAUUAUUGACUCAGAUUUAACGAACUAUAAUGAUUUGGUGGCAUCAAUCGUAGAGGAGUAUGCACCUGGAUA